UAAAUAGACAGUGUUCAGGUGAGUCCACUUACCGACCGGUUAUCAGUCAUAUUUCAGUCAUCGGAUGUGUCAGCGUUCCAGAAACAGCGUGAAGUAACCUAACCCAUCGCCGUUGGAUUGAACAGCCCGGUCCCGGCAGUUCCAACAGCUGGAUGAAGGCUGGAAACAUCUGCAACGUCUGUUCCGUAGUGCGUAAAAUGAAGCAGCAGCAGAAUGGCUUUGCGCCGCUUGUCCAGGGUGAAACAUCCUGAGAAUGAAGUAAAUCAGUCUGUAUGCAUCACAGGCUGGUGGGACGGGACAGUAGAUAGGAAGCCUCUGUCUUGAUUUCGAAUUGCAAACUCGAGCAGGAUUACCCGAGAAGAUUGAAACAGGAAUGAAUAACAUGCAUUUUUCUUCUGAGGAUUUGGGUUCUCUCCCUCCAAGACCACCGACUUUACCUGCAGCUGCUCCAAAGAGACGCUUUGUCAAGCUGGGAAGGAAGACAAGUGAUGGCUCUCAGCAAUCAGCCUCAUCCACUGGCAGUUCAUCCACCGGCAGAUCAGCCGAGGGUGUGGCCGUCAGGCACCCCAGCAAGAGCCGCAUCCGCCGCCAUACCAACCGCCUCUCAGGUGUCUUCCUCCGCGGCCCCGCUUCCAACUCAGGCUCCAUGGCGCUGACAGCAGGCAUCAGAUCCUCACUGUCCGUCCAAGCCAGGAAGGGAAGCAUGAUCUCUGUAGAUGCUUUAAAUGCGGACGACCCAUCUGAGCUGUCCAAUCAGAUAACCGCUCCAGGAAUCCUGAAGAUCUUUGGAAAUGAAAUCUGUGAGGGAGCUCACUAUAAGAGCGUCCUGGCGACCACACACUCUAGUGCAAAAGAACUAGUCAAAGAGGCCCUUGAACGGUAUGGCCUGGGCAAGGAGGAGGCGGAGUCCUACGUCCUCUGUGACACCAUUGGCUCCAUUGGCAACCAUCAGUGGAGAACAGAGGGAUUCAGAGUCGUGGGCAACAAUGAGAAGCCCCUCCUCCUGCAGUCACUAUGGAAACCCAGAGAAGGCCUGGCGAGACGUUUCGAAAUCCAGAGGAGAAGCUCUGUGGAGGAGAAGACGUCCAAAGACAAAGACACCAUUACUGCUGGUAUCAACGCCCAGGCUAGAAAGCUGCAGAAGAGCCGCUCCAGAGUGACCUCCACCCUCAUUGAGAAGACCAUGGGGCGAAGCCACAAACUGUGGAGGAGCAAAAGUGAGAUGGACCUCUUAGAUUCUGAUACAGAGACGCAGGACGCAGAUCAUGAGAAACGUCAGAAGGAUCGAAGCGAGAGCCUGAAUCAAACUUCAGUGCAGAGUUACGAGCGCCCAAAAUCAAGCCCAGAACAGAAUCACAUUCACAGCCUCACAAAUCCCUCCAAGGGGGGCGGUGGGUCGCAGGCCAAAACAGAGACCCUCUGUCAUUCGAGGCUGAGAGGCGAGAGGGAAGGAGAAGAGUCAGAGAGGGAGGAGACGGAGAGCAGCGACGAUAACACCACACAGUACUCCAUUCACCCUCCUCACGACUGUCCAUACCUGCUGUUGCUGCAGGGCUGCAGCCUCACACAGGACUUUGUCAUCUAUCUACUAGCUGGGCCAAACAUUAUCUUUGGUCAGCAAAGUGAUCAAGAAGACGGGUCAAAGCCUGACAUCUUUCUCUUUGCCGCUGACAUCCUUCCGAGACACUGCUAUUUCCGUCGCAAUAGUGUUGGCAGCCCCACUAUGCUCUGUCCUUGUCAGGACGCCGUGGUCACGAGGAAUGGUGAAGUUCUGAGAAAAGAAGUGCAGCUCAACCCUGGUGAUGUCAUUGGACUGGGACAGCGCUACCUCUUUCUUUUCAAGGAUCCCUUAGCUUUAUCCCACAAGGAAGUGAACAGCGCUGCUCCUGAGCCCAGUGUGACUGCUGUCCCCUGGAUGCUGGGUCACACCACUUCUGCCACUACAACAAGCCAUACUAGAGAAAUGAUCAUCUGCAACACCUGCAUCACAACCUGCACUGAGCUGCAGAGCUCCAGCAGUGAACAGUCGCUGAGCAGAGGCCUUCCCUUUUUAAACUCACCUGAAGGCCGCAGUCUGACUCUGAAAUAUGCGAGCGAGGAUGAAGAUCGCGUUGUCAAGGAAAUAGUUGCUAUGGGAGGCAGCAGCGUCAAAGACAGACCACCACUGACUGUUGCAUUUUUGCUGUGUCUGUGUGUUCAGUAUUCGGCCUCAUGUCUUCAUACCUCAGACCUGCGCAGGCUGCUGUUGCGCAUUGCAAGUGGAGUUCAGAGUGCCAUGUGGGAGCACACUAAGGACCUAGCUGCAGUUCAGCCUGAAGACCUCAGUGGUGAAGGCUCAAACUCAAAGGACCCCAAGGCUCUCAGUCUGCACGAGGUGAUCUCAGGACUGUGCCCCCUGGUGGUAUGGAUGUCCAACUGUCUGGAGCUGCUACAGUUUAUCCAGUAUCAGUUGCCUCUUAUUUUGGAGUGGAGAACCCGAAAAGAACAGGGGAAGGAAGACGAAGACGAAAGAGAAGAAGGGGAGAACAAGGAGGUGGAGAACUUGGAUAUAUGCGUCCUAUUGGAGUUACGUCUGUCCUGUGUCCGUUCAGCCAGUGAGGAGACGAUGGCUGUCCUGGAGGAGGUCAUCAUGCUCGCCUUCCAGCAGUGUGUGUACUACAUCACCAAGGUCCUGUACCCCGUCCUGCCGGGCCUUCUGGACUGCAACCCUUUUAGGGAGAGUGCUGACGUGCAGGUGAAUGGCGAGAGUGCCCGGGUCCUGGAUAGCAGUGGACUGCAGAUCCCUGGUGAGAUCCAGCAUCUCGUGGAGGUUCUGACCGAGACCCGGAGACUACUGUCGGACUUUCAGGUCCACCCGGAGAUUUCGUCACAGCUCAUUGGCUACCUCUUCUACUUCAUCAACGCAUCACUCUUCAACUCACUUAUGGAAAGAGGCUCUGAGCCAGGUUUCUACCAGUGGUCCAGAGGCGUACGCAUGCGGGCCAAUCUUGACAUGCUCCUGGACUGGGCCCACGCAGCUGGACUUGGGGGACUGGCCUUGGAGCACACGCACAAUCUCUCGUCGGCUAUCAAUCUGCUGGCUACACCCAGAAAGAAUUUACUGCAGACAUCUUGGGUGUCCUUGCGGUCUGACUACCCUGCCCUGAGUCCUGCCCAGCUGUACCACCUGCUGAGUCUUUACAGCCCAGCGUCUCCCUGCAGACACACCUGGAAUCCAUCUGUUCAUGACCAGGCUGCGGCUCACAAAACAGCUGAUAUCCUGGAGAGUUUUGACACCCACCAUCCUCUGGUGCUUCCAGAUGUGGGUUACCAGUUCCAACUGGGAAGGGAGGUAAAAGAUUCUGCCCUGAGGGAAGAGCUGGACAAGCUGAAAGAGCUAAUUUCCACCAAUUCUGACUCAGUGUCUGAUAAGGUUGGAACCAUUCAAAAGGAGGCUCAACUGACUAAGAUGGAUCUCCUUUCAAAAGCCAGUCUGGAAACCUUACCUCCAUCACCCCCAUCACCACCCACUCCUUCCUCCACCCAGUACCUGCAUGAGCUCAGCUCCUGUGGUACCCUUUUGUCUCAGAAGCUAAGAAAUUUGGAGUUGCAGACCGGAGAGAGUGAGAACAGUGAGAUAAGGUGGUCUACUCUGGACCCCUCCUGUCUCCUCACCCCACCCAACACCCCCCACAUCAUAGAUCCUGCUGAUUUGGGGAAGGCAUACAAGAAUAAAGAGAUAAAGGGUGACAGUGAGACACUUCGCCGGUCCUCUGAUGUAGAUGCACAUGAUGAAGGUGGAUUAGUGUUUGAAUGUCUGGCUGCACUGAAAGUAGACCGUUUGAAAUCUGAUUGCCGCAGUAUGAAAAGAUUUAUUGAGCUAAAAGAGGAAGAGGAGGAGGAGGAAGAGGCGGAUGACCAUUAUGAUGACAGUAACGAUGAGGUUUUUAGCUUGGAGUUGGAGCGAGGUGAAAGAGGACUUGGUCUUGCUCUGGUGGACACAAGGGACACUUCCUUGAGGGUGAAAGGCAUCUUCAUCCGUGCCGUGGUCCCAGACUCCCCCGCAGCGCGAUGUGAGAAGCUGGUACCAGGAGACAGGAUCCUGGCUGUUAACGGAGUCAGUCUGCUUGGACUGGACUACAACAGUGGAAAGGAGCUGAUCCAGUCAUCAGGUGACAGACUGAGGUUACUGGUGGCCAGAUCUGACUGGAUGGCUAAGGCUAGACAGACUGAAUGCUGACAGCAAUUUUCUUUUUUCAAACCAAGACUGUUAAUGCACCAUAAGCGCACUUAAAGAUGGCCAUAAGAGCUUGUUGAACAUUCAGUUUCAGGACAUAGACCUUAAUAUAAGGUUAAGAAGACAAACAUGCACUAUGAAAUAAACUAUGUCCUGCUUGAAUUGAGUACCAGGUUUAAACUGCUCAGUGUAGUUUUGCAGUUUUUUAAUUUACAUUGUAAUAGCAUGAUAUUACUGAUGUGUGUAUGUGAUCGUUUCAUUGCAAGCAGUUUAUUUAAACUCUUACGCCAGUGGAAGAAGAAUACUUAUAUUGACCAUUCCAUAGCCUCUGUACGGUCACUGUCUCUCAGUUACACUUCUGCUUCACUAAUCAAAAUUGAGUCCAGAGAAGAAAGGCUUCCCACAGUAAAGUUGGUCUGAUAGCAGUCUGCUGUUGGAAUUACAUUAUUACAACGCUACCAUUUGUCAUUUGAAUGUAGAAAAAUAACAAGCACCAUCUAAGGUGCAAUAUCAUUGCCAUUCUUUAGUUUAUUGAUUCGACUGGAUAAAAUGAUUGGAUAUACGACGGUUGUUACGUGUUGUUUAACAUUGUAAAAAACACUUUUUUUCCCCUUUCGGCUAGGGCUCAGAUUUUAUUACUGUUGCUGUAUUUUUUUUCUUUUUUUUUUUGCAAAUGACCCAUUUUCAUGG